UGCCUGUACGGGGAAUCUACGUGCAUGGCGUCUCCAUCACCUUCUUCUCUGGCGGAGCUGGCCUCCAGCCAGAGCCCCGCGGAGCAAGCUGCUCUUGCGGACAUGUUCACCCUCAGGCGCAAGUCGAUCAAGAAGCUCCUUAUUUUCUUCAGCCACUGGCUCAGUUUGGUCUCGGAGAUUUCCAGCUGUGCGGUGUACAUGUGGUUUUUGAUAAAACUCGGGAGACUAUGUGUUGUGCGUACCAGCUGA